AAGGACAGAUUCAUUAGGCCGCCCACCCGCCCAAUUAGGAGCCAGAUGGCGCUUCUGGCCAAUCAAAUCAUGGAUGCGAGAAUUCUUAGCAGCAUGAACGGCAGAGUGGAGCUCUCGCAGUUCUUAAGGGUUACAAAUCAAAGCAUCGUUAGCCAAGUUCAGGACGACAAUCGCAAGAACAGAAAGUAUCCUUGCCCGUUGUGCGGGAAACGAUUCCGAUUCAAUAGUAUUCUGUCGCUUCAUAUGCGCACACACACUGGCGAAAAGCCAUUCAAGUGCCCCUACUGCGAUCACCGGGCCGCGCAGAAAGGCAACUUGAAGAUACACCUGCGUACCCACAAGCAAGGCAUUCUAGGUAAAGGCCGCGGACGAGUCAGGGAGGAGAACAGGUUGCUUCACGAGCUUGAAGAACGGGCCAUUCUGAGGGACAGGCACAUGCGAGCCACUCACGUGGGCAUAACCCAACUUCCACAACCCCAACCGACUCCGAAGCACUUCCCCGACAGCCAACCGACGGUGUCCGUGUCCCCUAAAGUCAUUCCGAUCCCAGAUGAGCCCCCACAGCCUCCACCCAGUGGCUUUCGCUGCUCAUUCUGCAAGGGCAAGUUCAGGAAGCAGCAGGAACUGGAGCGUCACAUCCGGAUCUUGCACAAACCUUACAAAUGCACCUUGUGCGAGUUUGCCGCCGCCCAGGAGGAGGAGCUUAUCGCUCACGUUGAGACUACGCACAUAACCUCCGAAUCAGGCGCGGGACAUAAGUCGGCGGUAGGGGUCAACGACAAGGGGAAGGGGGGUGGCGACUUCCCGUGUGAUGUUUGCGGACAAACCUUUAGCCAGGCCUGGUUCCUCAAAGGUCACAUGAGGAAGCACAAAGACUCUUUCGAGCACUGUUGUCAAAUCUGUGGCCGUCGCUUCAAAGAACCCUGGUUUCUCAAGAACCACAUGAAGGUCCACCUGAAUAAACUGGCGUCCAAGGCUCGUCUGCCUUCUCAUCAUGAGAACCCCGUUCACCUGAAUCAUUUAACGGAAGAAUAUCAGAGCAACUUAUACUCACAGUACAUCUCCCGCCUUCACAACAGGUUCCUCGCCGCUGAGAGAGCUGACCAGACAGAUUAUAAUCAGCUACUCGCCGCGGCGGGAGUUGACAUCAAAGUUAGCGAGAUGUUGGGUCGCGGGGUUUCCCCGAGUCUCGGUCUGCUCGCUGAAACGAAGGGCUCCUCUUUGAUGGCCUUAAAUCACCUUCGCCCUCCCGCCACCAAUCUGGACUACCUCCAGAAGGUCGGAGAUUCGGUGAGCUACCCGGGCUGGCAGAUCAUGACACCCCCGCAGCAUAUCCUCAAUUCUAAGGAUCAGCAUCAGCUGAGCGCCUCCUUCAAGUCCGAGCGACGCCUCCCCACAGACGAUUGCAAAGCGGGCCUCGCGGAUCGAGAUGGCAACGCGGGAAGCCGACCCGGUAGCAAAGGCAGCCUGAGUCAUUACGGGCCAACCGAGCUGGCGGCGGACAACGGAAGCUCCAAUUCGGGAAGCGCCCUGGAACGACGACCGCAGUCUUCUUCUCCUGCUUCGGCUUCAGGUGACAACGUCUACGACUACCCUGCGAUUGGUUUCCAACUGGAUCGCUACCACUUCCCGCACUGGCAGAACGGCGGGGACCAAUCAUCUCCACGUAGCGGAAGCUCCAGCCCAAAUUCCAAGUUGAAGUCCCGAUCCGGGGGAGACGGAGCCUUCAGAGAACUGCCUAUCCCUGACAAGAAUUCGUCCAGUGAAAGUCCUCCUGCGAAUGCUAGCAAGUCCCAGUACGAGCCUUUAGACUUGUCCAUUUCCUCUCAUUCCACUUUGUCUCCUGCUCUACUGGUCCAAAUGUCCAGCGUCUUCAGCAACGGGCUCAACCAGAGUUACUCGGGUGAGCUCGGCGCAAAAGCCGCGUACAAGUGUGACCUUCUGGGGAUGAAAGAUCAACAGAAUUUCGGCUCAACUGGCCUUGAAAGUGAAGUUGACAGAAAAAGCCUUGAAGAUGACGACAAAGAUGAAGAAGCCAUUGCGUGGAAGAUGCCGAAAGACGGUCAACGGGACGAGACGGGUCGGUGGGCCCCGGCGGAAACCAGUACGUCUUCAUCUGAGAACCCGGUUCCAGAUCAGAUCAAGCCCUACGAGCAAGCUGGCCUGCUUUCGCUCCUCAGCGCGCAGAAGAGCCGAAGCGAGGCCCAAAGGAACACAAUCAACGGUGUAGGCAACAUCAAUCUGGCAUCCGCUCGGAAGCCCUUCCCGUGCAAGUACUGCCCCUACAGCGCCUCGCAGAAGGGAAACCUAAAGACCCACGUCAUCUGCGUCCAUAGAAAGCCCUUCGAUAACAGCUUGUACCCUGACCGCCGUCUCCGCCGCUCGCACGCUUCGCAGCGACCGUCCAAAUCACCGCCGAGCGUCGAGGAGGACGGUCGGGCCGCGGCGAGGGAGCCCAUGGACGUGGCGCCACUCUGUGACACUUGAUGUUGUCGUCGUGGAAACCACUGACACGGACAGUUCUGAUUAUUGCUUUGGUAAGAAGAACUGAGAUUUUAAGUUAAAAGGGGGCUAUUAUGCACUUUCUUAUGUUGGAUUAUAUUAUAACACUUUGGGGUGUUCAUACACCGAGUACUAGACAACUUGACUUCUUUUCUCCUUUGUGGUUCCUUCAGUGAACGAAAUAAGGGUAUUUUUUGUGCAAUGUGGGAUUAACAGCAAAUGUUGAUGUACAUUCCAGUGUUUCUUGAAGAUCCACCGUAUGUAUUUAUCUGUAGCAAUGAGGUUGAAUAUAAUAAUGACAAUAAUAAAGUCCACUGUGAUGUGAAAGUGUAACAAAGGCAAUGAGUGCAUUUGACUAUGAGUUCAGCCAGUAGGGGAGAAUGCGCCAUGUCUGCCCAAAGCAUUUGUUCCUUCAUCCAGUAAAUAAAUACCCCAUGUUAGGUU